AUGAAAAAAAAGAAGAAGAAAAAGAAGAAAAAAAAGAAGAAAAAAAAGAUGAAAAAAAAGAUGAAAAAAAAAAAGAAAAAAAAGGAAAAAAAAAAGAAGAAAAAAAAGGAAAAAAAAAAGAUGAAAAAAAGAAUGAAAAAAAAGAAUGAAAAAAAAGAAGAAAAAAAAGAAGAAAAAAAGAAGAAAAAAAAGAAGAAAAAAAAGAAGAAAAAAAAGUUGAAAAAAAAGUUGAAAAAAAAGAUGAAAAUGAAGAAGAGGAAGAAGAGGAAGAGGAAGAAGAAGAAGAAGAGGAAGAGGAAGAGGAAGAGGAAGAAGAAGAAGAAGAUGAAGAAGAGGAAGAAGAAUAAGAUAUAAAAAAAGAAGAAGAAAAUAAAAUAAAAAAAGAAAAUAAAACAGAAAAAACGGAAGAAGAAUAAUAAUAAUGUUAAGAAAAAAUCAUUUAAAAUUAAGAUAAUUUUGAAAAAGAAGAAGAAGAAAAAAAGGAAGAUUUAAAAAGUGAAAAAGAUAUUUUUGAGAAAGAAAAUUUAGAAAAAAAUAAAUUAGAAGAAAAUGACAAAAAUGAAAAAUCUUAAAAAAAAAAAAAAAUUAAAUCAUAAACAAGCAUAGAACAUAUAGAACAAAUAGAAAAAAAUAUUGAUGAAAAUUCAUUAGCUAAUAAUAAUGUAUAAUAAAAAACUUAAAGAUAAAUACUAGAUGAACCCUAAUAACAAGAAAAAUAAGAAAAUGAGAAAAAAGAAGAAAAUGAAAAAAAGGAAGAGAAUGAAAAAAAAGAUGAAAAUCAAUAAAAAGAUGAGAAUGAGAAAAACAUUGAAAAUGAAAAUAAAGAAGAGAAUGAGAAAAAAGAAGAACAUGAAAACAAAGAAAAAGAAGAAUAAAAAUCUAAUAUUAUACAUCCGGAUUUAGAAAACUUAGAAGAAUAAGAAAACAAUGAAAAAGAAAAAAUUAGAUAACUAAUAGAUGAAUACGAAAAAAUAUUAAAAGAAAAAGAGGAAGAAAAAAAUAAAAAAGAAGAAAAAAAUACUUAAAACACAUAAAAACCAGCAAGAAAAAAUUUUUAUUUUGAAGACUAUAAUUUUCCAUUUGAUUCAAUGGAAUUAUAUAAAAUUAACGAAGACUUAUUCUACGAAAGUAGUCAUAAUGAAAAAUUAAGAAUUCUAAACGAAGGAAAAUAAGCUUUACAUAAAGAAAAUUUACUCAAAAAAUUAAAAACAACAAUAAUAAGGGAAAAAUAUUGUCUUUAAAAAUUAGUAUGUAAAUUAACUGGAUAAGUUUUUUCAAAUAAACUUGAUUUAAAAGAACAAUUUGGCGAAGAAUUUUAGAAAUUAAUGUAAAUUUGUAAUGAACAUGAAAAAAUGGCUAUUUUGUUGACUUUUGAAUAAGCUUAUUUAAAGGAAUUGCCAAAAGAAUGGAAAGACGAAGCUUUAAAAUUAAGAAAAUAAAUAAUGAAUAAAGGCGAAUAACUUAAAUUAUAAGAAAGUGAAGAAGAAUUGGAAAAGGAAGAGAAUAAAAAUAAACCUCUGUAAAAAAAGAAAAGUAAAAAAUAAUAAAUUUAACGCGAAGAUGAUUAUAGGGAUGAAAACUAUGAUGAAGAAAAUGAUAAUUAUGACGAAGACGAGCAUGUAUAAGAUGAAUACGAUGAAGAUGAAGAAGAAGAUGAUGUUUAUGAAGAAAAUAAAAAAGAAAAUUUAAAAGAAGACCAAAAUAAAAAAGAAGACGAAAAAUAAAAAGAAGACCAAAAUAAAAAAGAAGACGAAAAAUAAAAAGAAGACGAAAAAUAAAAAAUAGACGAAAAUAAAAAAGAAGACGAAAAUAAAAAAGAAGACGAAAAUAAAAAAGAAGACGAAAAAUAAAAGGAAGACUAAAAUAAAAAAGAAGACGAAAACUAAAAAAAGCAAGACUAAUAAAAUAAUGAAAAUGAUAAUAAUAAAGAAUUAAUACAAAAACAAGAAAAUUAAGAAUAAAUAAAAAAACAAGAAAAUUAAGAUAACGAAUAAAAAAAUAUAGUAAAUUAAUAAUAAAAAGAACCAGAAUAUCAAUAAAGCCAAAAAGAAGAAAAAAUCCAACCUGAAAAACCAGAAAAAAAUCAUGAACAAUAAUUAAAAUCAGAGCAAGAACAAUUAAAAAUACAAUAAGAAAUAUUAGACUAAAACGAACUUGAAGAAGAACAAUAAUAUUUUGAAUAUGGGGAAGAUAUAGACGAACAAUAACAACUAGCUAUAUACGAAUAAAUCCAAAAAGAUCACUAAGAAGCCUAAAAAUAGAAAAAUAAA